AAAACACACAGACAUCGCAGGAGAGAAAAAAAAGGCAAAGACCAAAAAGAACAGAGAGAGAGAGAGAGAGAGAGAGGAAGAAAGAUCCGAAAAUAAAACUAUCUUCCUCCUCUGAGAAAAUAUCUCACAUUCUGAGCAAAGAGAAAAAAAAAAGGAAGAAACUUUCGAAUCUGUCUUUGUUUGCUGUUGAAUCAUCGUGAUCGUCGUCGUCCUUCAUUGUCCAGAAACUGCUGUGACUUUGUCCUUUUUCUUACAUGCGACUCAUGUCAGACACUCACCAUGUUCAGAGCUCUACUGGGUCGGUUCGAUCUUCCCAAAAAAUCGAAGAUGCUUUUAGGAAGAUGAAAGUUAAUGAUGGAAACGGAGUGGAGCAACCUGAUCCGUAUCCAGAUCGUCCCGGUGAAAGAGAUUGCCAGUUCUAUCUGAGAACUGGUCUCUGUGGCUAUGGAAGCACUUGCCGUUUUAAUCAUCCUACUAACCUUCCACAGGUUAUGUACUACAACGAGGAGCUCCCGGAGAGGAUUGGCCAGCCGGAUUGUGAGUAUUAUCUCAAGACAGGAGCUUGUAAGUACGGUUCAACAUGUAAAUACCAUCACCCAAAGGACAGGAACGGAGCAGAACCUGUCUUGUUCAAUGUUCUCAACUUACCAAUGCGUCAGGGUGAGAAGCCGUGUCCAUAUUACCUGCGAACUGGAACUUGCAGAUUCGGAGUCGCUUGCAAAUUCCACCAUCCUCAACCUGAUAAUGGACACUCUACUGCUGCUGCAUAUGGGAUGCCUACUUUUACUUCUGCAGGUUUACAUCAUGCUGGUGGAUUAACGAUGGUGCCUACUUAUGGAACUUUGCCUCGUCCGCAACUUCCUCAGUCCUAUGUGAUGGUUUCAUCCUCUCAAGGUCUCAUGCCUCCUCAGAGCUGGGCCACUUACAUGGGUGCAUCUAACUCCAUGUAUGGUGUUGUGAAGAAUCAAGUUUAUUACCCUGGUUCUAGUGCACCAAUGCACAUGGGUGUGACAUUGAAUGGUGUUGAUUUGUCUGAAAGAUCCGAACAACAACAACAAUGUCGGUUUUUUAUGAACACUGGGACAUGUAAAUAUGGAGACCACUGCAAAUACACUCACGUCAGUGUAAGAGUUUCACCACCACCGCCUCCACCAAAUUUCAUGAACCCUUUUGUUCUCCCAGCGAGACCUGGACAACCAGCUUGUGGUAGCUUCAAGUCAUUUGGAUUCUGUAAGUUUGGACCAAACUGCAACUUCGACCACUCGGUGCUGCCAUAUCCUACAGGCUUACCCAUGCCUUCGUCUCUGCCUAAUCCUUAUCCUUCACAUGUUCCAUCCAAUUAUCAGAGGAUCUCACCAACGCCAAGCCGCUCUGGCUCAAAGGCUAUGCAUAAUGAUAAGCCUGAUGUCAAGAAGGAAAUGCCAGGGACUGAGAAACCGGAACAAGUGCAGGACUUGUCAUCACCACGAUCAUGAUUCAUGAUCACAGCAACGAAAAGCAUCAACAAUAUGGCUGGACCUCCCCCCACUCAGGCUUCUAAAGAUCUCAAUGAUCUAUCCCUCUCUUUGCCCUUUUUUUGUUAAUUUUUUUGGUGGAAGAGGAGUGGAGGUUGAAGGUGUUUCUUUUUCUUUUUUAUUUUGGAUGAAAACAACAUAGGACGAAACCUUUUUUUGGUGGUAUGUAUGGGUUUUGAACAACAAAACGAAAACAGAAAACGAAACAAGAUAAAUAGUAAAACUAGUCCCAAGAACUAGACUCAUUUAUCGAA